GUGGAGGUUAAAACAAAUGUCUGAAAUGUUCACAUAUAAUGGAGUUCCCCAAAAAUCUGUGUAUAUUCUAGGAGAUGCAGGGUCAGGAAAAACUAGUUUUUGUAAAAUACCUGGUCAACUGUUGGUGUUUUUGGCACAUAGUGAGCAACAAGAAGCUAACAGUGAAAAUGAGGACCAUGGGGGUGGAAAUGAAAAACAUGGAGGUGACAAUGAAGAACAUGAAGGUGAUAAUGAAGAACAUGUUGGUGAUAAUGAAGAACAUGGAGGUUACAAUGAAGAACAUGUAGGUGAUAAUAAAGGACAUGGAGGUGAUAAUGAAAAUGAAGCUGACUAUAAAAAUGAGGAGCAUUGGGGCAGAAAUGAAAAACAUGGAGGCGACAAUGAAGAACAUGGAGGUGAAAAUAAAGAACAUGACAGUGAUAAUGAAGAACAUGGGGUAGAUAAUGUAAAUGAAGGUGGCAAUGAAAAUGAAGCUGACAAUAAAAAUGAGCAUGAGGGCGGAAAUGAAAAACAUGGACGUAAUAAUGAAGAACAUGGAGAUGAUAAUAAGAAACAUGAAAAUGAAAAAGAAAGUGAAGAUAGCAGUGGGAAAUAUAGAAAUGAUGGUAAAAAUGAAGGUGGCAAUGACAAGCAUGGAGGUGACACUGAAGAACAUGAAAAACAUGGAGGUGGCAAUCAAAAUGAAGGUGGUGAUGAGAAACAUAAAGAACAUGGAAGUGACAUUGUAAAUGAAGAGGUAAACGAGGAACAUGGAGGAGAUAAUGAAAACGAAAGACACAUGGGUGGCAUUAAGAAACAUGGAAGUGACCGUGAUGACAUUCAGGGUGAAAGUAAUGACGUAGCAAACUCUGAAUUAUACAGUGAUGACUCUGAUGGUGACUUGACAGACUCUGAAUCCGACAGUGAUGACUAUGAAUAUGACAAUAAAAGUUAUGAACUUAAAUUCAAUGGUGUAAAAGAGCUGAAAAGAUUUGAUUUUUUAUUUUACAUCCCUCUUAGACAGUAUCAAAACAUUAACACUAUUGAUGAAAUGCUUCAACAACGUUAUCAAAUGAAAAUGUUAAACACACUUCUUGAAGAAGAAUCUUCUAGAGUUAUCAUUUUGCUUGAUGGCUUAGAUGAAUGGUCAUCUGAAAAUGUCCCAAAACAUAGCAUCUUUAAGAAGUACACAAUAGUAACUACUUCACGGCCAUGGAAAUUUCAUACAUUAAGAUCAAGUGAUGUGGAGAUCGAACAGUCACUGAAACUGAAUGGGUUUGAUUUUAGAUGUGAAAGAGAAAUGGUAUAUAGGACAGUCUCACAAUUAAAUGUUAGAAGACAAGCUAAUAAAGAAGAUAGAGAUUGUAGGAAAAAGCUCAAAGAAGAGUCUCUGAAAAGUUUAAAACAGGUACCAAUUAUGCUGCAACAACUGAUAUGUCUAUGGUUUGAUGGUAAACUUGAUAAAACCUCAAGAUGUGCCAUCUACACUAGUAUGUUAGAAUUAUUCUUCACCUGGAAUGACAUGAAAACUAAAGGAACAAGUACUCGACUCAUGAAGGGUACCCAGAAAGUAAACCUCCCUCAAUAUUUAGCAGAUAAAACCAAAUUAAGUUUCAACAGACAUUUUAUUCAUGAAUUGUCACAGUUGGCUUUUGAGACACUAUUUAAUUGUCCUAAGAAUAAGUCCUUGUCAUUUGACAUUUGUAUCUUUGAUGAACUAGAAAUAUCAGAUGAAAUAAGAGAAAAUUGCUUGAAACUUGGAAUAAUUACAGAAGAUGAAUGCUCGAGUUUGUCUGUAUCAGAACCACCAAGCUCAUUGUUCUCUUUUAUUCACAAAUCAAUGCAAGAAUUUCUUGCUGCUGUGUAUAUUGAUAUCAAUUUCAAUACAAAAAUUGGUGCAUCAGGUAGUACAGGAUAUGUUGAAUUAGCCAAAAAGUUUAUUUAUGAGGUUUUUCAGAAAUGUUCAACAGUAAAUGACAUAUUAGAGCAGUCAAAUGUUGUCAUUAUGCUAUGUGGUCUAGAACCUAGAUUAGCAACACAUUUUUCAAAAUACAUAUAUGAUACUGUGUCAGAAGACUCUCAUGUACAGGAAUACAGGAGAACAAUAAGUAAUGACUAUUAUAGGGUUGAUAGUUGUAUUACUGAUAUUCAAAAGCUUCUUAUUGGGUUAAUAGAAGAAUCAAAUGCAACAUGUAGUGUAGGAAGUAAUCCUGUGUUUUAUAUAGGAGAUUUGACCAUUUAUUCAUUCAAUCAGUAUUGUGAUAUUGUUUUUUCAAGUAUUGAUCAGCAUCAAAUCCUUCCUGAUUCUGUUCUGUCUAUUAAUGUAGAUCUAGAUGACAUCAACACAAAAAAUGUUAAAUUUACAAAAUAUUUACCAAUGUUUCAUCAUCUUGAAAAAAUUGUGAUAACAUUAGAAAGUUUAUCAAGUAGACAGAGUAAUGAACAGAGGAUUGAUGAGAUAAACAAUUGUGUUUCUGAGACAAUAAAAGUAAAUACUUUAACAUUAAAAUCUCUGUCUCUCCAAAAUAAUGCCCUUUUCACUGACAAUUAUUACCCACUGGGUAAAACAGUUGUUAGUAACCUACCUAGUAUGGUCAAUCUUGUAGCAAUAAGAAUGAGUUGCAUAAAAAUGAGUCAUGAUGAUACUACUACAUUCUGUAAUUUUUUUGAGGGAACCAGUCAUCUUGAACAAAUUUAUCUUAGCUAUGUUUAUUGUGAAUGUCAUAACCAGCAUGAUGUAAAUUUAUCAAAACAUCAACAACUUCAUUACCUUGAUUUGAAUUAUACUGUUAGAGUGAUAGAUGUUGAUACUACAAACCUUGAAAUAUUUAAAUUUAGUCUGUUGAAAGAUAGUAGUUAUGAGCAAAUAUUUGAUAUUAUUAAAAAAUCUUACAAAUUAAAAGAACUUGUGUUGUAUGAUGAUGAGUCCAGUAAAUCUCAUUUAUAUCAUGACAACAUAACACAAAGGCUAGUCAGUGUAUUACCAUUGUUACACAAUCUCAGUAAGCUUAAGUUACAGUAUUGUAGGUUUACUGACAAUAUAAUACAGUUACCUUUAGAGAUGAAGAGUUUAAAGGACAUUAAGCUUGUUACGGUAAUAAUGAGUUUGACAACAUGGCAGAAGUUUGUUGAUAGUCUUCCUAGAAUUCCCCAUACUGUAGAUGUGAGUUUAAAUCGAUGUUAUAUAAAAGGAGAUGGUGAGGAGUGUAAUGAUGAUAUGUUCACAUUGAUAAUACAAGGACUUAAAGGAGGGAAGGGAAAUGAUGCUAUACAGCAUGUAAAAAAUCAGCAUCAGUUAUUUCAUGUUCAUGUUAAAAGUGAUGAUGUAUUAUUUUUUAAUUUUUCAACAAAAAGGUGAUAUACAUGUAAUAUACAUGUUAAGCAUGAUGAUUACUUUGGUUUGAAUUUUCAACAAAAAAGUGAUAAAGUAUACAAGUAGUUAACUUAGUGUUUAAACUUAAUUAGUGCAUGCUAAAAGUGAUGAUAAAUGUGGUGUAUUUUUUUUCAUUUUCUACAAAAAAAUAUGGUUUGAAUUUUUAACAUAGUGAUAUAGGAUACUUGCAGUUUAAACUGAAUUAAUUUAUGUUAAAAGGACAUGAAUUUAUUUCUAAAAUGAUACUUAUGACAAGUUAAAUAUUUACAUAUUGUUGUACAGUUAAAGAAUGAAUAUUAUCACAUAAACCGCGACGCAGGAGUGUAAUCAAGCCAUUUAAUAAAACAAUAUUACACUUGUGUAAUAACACUUUGAUGUGACGUCAUUCGCUCUAUAUAGAAACAUACCAUAAAAACGAGUGUUACAGUAUGGGCGCAUCAUUGAAAAAUUACUCAUUUUAACAGUUUACUGUUCUUAAUUUAUUUAUGUGAUAAAUAGAAUAUUAUAUUCAUGUAGAUUCAAUACUAGAUUUAUUGAACAAUAUUAUGCUCGCCAAAGGCUCACAAUAUGAUUUUAUUCAACUCGUUCAAUAAAUUUAGUAAUAAACUACACUCAUUCAAUAUCCUCUGUUUAUACAUUAUGAUAGAAUAUAUAUCAUGUGAAAUAUUUUGUUGUUUAAUAUUGAUUUCUUGUCAUUUUAACAAAAUGUAUUUAUAAUAUUGAAAUUGAAGAAAGUAAUAUGCCAAUUGUGUUUAUAAAUAUAUAAAUAAAUUGAAAGAAAUGCGGUGAAAUAUUAUAGAUAUAUUGAUCUUAGUAAGGGUAAAGGUUAUUUUUUAAGAUCAGGUAUAGUUUGUGAAAAAAAAACUGAUUUGAAAAAAGUAAUGUUCUAAUUAUAAAUACAAAAUAGAUAUGUAAAUAAACAAGUGUAUAAAUAAUUAAUAAGUUAAUUUAAUAGAAAUAUCAUAAAACAAAUGUUUAAUGUACAAGGUCAGAAAAAGAAAAAGAGUAAUGUAACAUGCAAAUACAAGUUAUAUGAUAUAUAAGACAAGGGGAUAGUAUAAAUAAAUACCAGUUUUGGAAUAUAUAGGACAGGAAAAUGGUAUAAAAAUACAAGUUAUAUGAAAUAUAGGAAAAGGGAAUGGUAUAAAAAGUACCAGUUAUUUGAUAUAUUGGACUAGGGAUUGGUAUAUAAAUGAAUACCGGUUAUAUGAUAUUAAGGACAAGAGAAUGGUAUAUAUAAAUACCAAUUAUAUGACAAGGGAGUGGUAUAUAUGAGUAUCAGUUAUAUGAUAUACAGGACAUUUGAAUGGUAUAUAUGAAUACCAGUUUUAUGAAAUAUAAGAUAGGGGAAUAGUUUAUAUAAAUUACAGUGAUAAUAUAUAUAGGACUAGUGAAUGUUAUAUAUGAAUACCAGUUAUAUGAUAUAUUGGACAAGGGGAUGUAAUAUGUAAAUACUAGUUAUAUGGAUGUAGAAGUGAGCACCGUAAAAAUACUAGUUAUAUGAAUGUAGAAGUGAAUGUCUGUGAAAAUACCAGUUAUAUGAAUGUAAGUGUAGUGAAUCUUCUAUAAAAAUUACAGUUAUAUGAUAUAUAUGACAAGGAUAUGGUAUAUAUAAAUAUCUGUGAUAUAUGAUAUAUAGGACAGGGAAACUGUAUAUUUUAUUACCAGUGAUAUGAUGUACAUGUAUAGAAUUAUAUGACAAAUAGGACAGUAAUUGGUAUAUAUAUUUUUUUUUUUCCAUUGAGAUGAGAAACAUUUACCUGUUUUAUUUAAGAGAUUCCUUCAUUAUUUGUUUUAUGUUGUAAAUAUGGAAAAAAAGUUAUAUUUACUAAAAAUCAUGCAAGGCAAUUGAUGUGUACAAGUUUAUACUUUUAGUUAAUAUAACUCAAUUUAGUGAAAGGAUCUCCACUGAGAUCUUUUGACAAGAUAGGAUGGGAAUUGUAUUUUUCGAGGUCUCAUACUAUUUGAUAAAAAUCUAUUUCAAUGACUUGUGUGCAAACUUUCAGAUCAUUUCCUCACUUUUUUUUUUCUAAAAUACUAGUAAUCAUUUAAGCUGGACUAUUCAAAGACUAAGGAGAGCUACUUAAUUAUCCAAGUGUAUAAAUCGGCAUCACACUGGUUGAAUUUCUGCUUGCAAGUUAGUAUCUAAAACUUCUAAACUUGAAGGAAAUGGGCUGAGAUGCUUGAUUUCUGUGGUCAUCUAACAUGAUAAACACAAGUUCUUUAACUCUGAUUUGCCUUUUUGCAUAUCUAUGUGCCCUUUUCACCUUGAAUUUCAUGGUUAAGCUUGUGCAUGUAACUUGGUAUCUCCAUAACUACAGAUGGGGAUGGAUUGGAACUUUAGGCUCAUAUUUGAGUGCAUAAUAGGUCACUGUCCAAGGAACUUUACUAAGACAUGGAUUUUGACAGAAUUAUUGCCCUUUGAAAAAGGCGACAUAUAGUGAUUACUUCUGUCGGCGGUAACAGCAACGGUCCAUAAGGCUUGUUCACACUAUAACUCAGAUUGACUUCAAACUUGGUAUGCCUGCUUCUUUCAAUGGCCAGAACUGCAGUGCAUCUUCUUAUCUUUUUGAGUAAUUGUCCCUUUGUUAAUUUUAAUACUUAAUUUUUGUCCGGGCCAUUUCUCCUAAACAAUGAAAAAUAUGGACGUAAAACUUCAUAGGAUAAUAGAUCUCAUUAAGAAGAAGUGCAGUGCACAAAAACCGGUCUCUGCACUUCUUUAUUUUUCAGUUAUUGCCCUUUGUAAAUUCUCAUAAAUUAUUUUUGUCAAAACCAUUUUCUCCUAAACUGUAAAACCUAUCAAUUUGAAACUUCAUAGGAUUAUAUAUCUCAUUGAGGAGAAGUGCAAUGCACAAGAAUCAGUACCCUGUACUCCAUGGUCUUUGAGUUAUUGCCAUUUGUUAAUUUUCAUACUUAAUAGGCUUGUCCAGAGCCUUAUUUGGUCCUUGGUUAAGUUUGAUUGACUCCAAAUUUAGUAUGCAACUCUUUUUCAUUGAUCUUAAGUGCAGUGCUUAAGAAUCCAUCACUUAGUCCUCCAUUUGAUUUUUUCCACGGUACUGUAUGUGUAUUUGAAAUUACAAAAGCAAAUUUUUAUUUUAGCAGAAAGGUCCACUUUUUGGGCCUUUGCAAAUAUUCGCGAUAUUUUGAAUACAAUAUCCUCUAUCAACCCGACAGCCAUUCAUUAUGAACUUAGUUAUUAUCAUAAUAAAGAAUAAAUAUUCAUUACAGAAGUCUAUAUUUAUUUAAACUGAUUACUAUAUUUGAGUAAAACGAUCAUACAUUUGGGUUGUUUAUUGGCUAAUUAAACUUGUUGUCACAAUUUUGUACCAUGUAAACAAUGUUACACAUAUUUGUAACAUGAAAUGUUUAUUGAAUGUAUCCAGUACAAAUAUGUACAGUCACAUGUUAUUAGAUGUUUAUUGUAUACUAUAACAAUAUAUAAAUGCCUAUGUAAUUCUUCAAUUGGUUACACAAGUUAGAUUUAAAGGCCCAUUAAGCCUAAAAAUGCUAUCACUUUUAUUUUUGAAAAACAUUUUAUCAUUGGCGAUAUAUCUGAGCCAUCUCUUUUUGCAUUUCAGCAACUAGUACAGUAAUGAUGAAUAAGUAUUUAAUAUGGAAGUCAAAUAACAAUUUUGUUUACAUUUUGCUACCCUAAUCAUAUUUUCUUGUCAAACUCAAUAUUUUGUCAGUUGUCAGGUGAUAAGAAUAUCACAUGUUCUAAAUCUAUUAUAACAACAUUAUAAAACACAUAUUUGCCUAUUUUACAAAAGUAAAAAUCUAUUCAUUUCUGAGGCGUUAUGUGCCUUAAAAUGUUUCAUGUAUAUGUAGAGUAAAUUCAUUUGCAUAUAAGUAAACAUAUAUAUGAAGAUGAAAUUAAUUGUUUGCUAGGUAUAUGAAUGUUUAUGUUUAUUUUAUGUUAUGUAUUACAAGCACAUGCAUCGGACAUGUUUGUUUGUGACUUGAAAUUUGAAUAUAUAAUUCUAGUACAGUUUUAUAUAUGUAAUUAUAUGAUAACAGAUCUAUAUUGACUAUGUUUAUGCUUAAAACAGUUAUAGUUUAGAUAAUUUAAUGCUUGAAUAUGUAAUGUCAAUUGAUUAUAAUUUCUUAAAAUUGAAAAUGUUCAUUGCCAGCAGUAUUCAGUAGAUCUAUAUGUUAUUAUGUUACCAUAUAACUUGUCGGAGUGAACUAAACAAUCUUGAAACUGUUACAACUAUUCUAUUCACUUGAUAUGGAACUUUAAUUAUUUAUUGAAAUUAGCUUGCUUCAAUAAAGAAUUGGAUGUUAAUAAGUAACUUAAGACUUCAGACAUUGAUUGAUUGAUAUUUUGUCUUAUAAAUUGUAUUGUCUCCUAUUUUUUAAGGUUUAAAAGUUUAAAUAUCGUCAGAAUGGAUACAACAGAUCCAUCAAAUGAAUUUAUCCAACAAUAGCUGCAUGUAUAUCAGUAUAGGAAAAUGUUAACAAAAUAUAAGCAAUAUAUAUAAAUUUAUAUGUCAUGGAAGCUUUAUUUUAUAGAAAGCAUUGUUGUUUUGCUGAUUUUGUUAUUAUUAUGUAGGAUUAUACUUAAAAGAUAAAAUAAAGUUGUUUGAUUGGUUUUGAUAGCAUGAAUGUGUGACUUCUCAUAAUAAAGAGUUGUACAGAA